UCUGAACUGGAAAGUCGCAAAGGGCAACUGAACAAAAAAAAAAAACGAUCAAAGAGGCCCAAUACCUUGUAAUUCAACCCUUGACAGCUUGAUCUUCCCUCAUUUUUUUCUUUUCCCUUUUUUACUUUUUUCAUUUCUUACAACUCAUUUAUUCUAGAUACCACUGUACUUUUAGCUUACAGUUUUCAAAAAAGAAGGAAGAGAGUCAACGAUACAAAAUAGCACAGCUCACUACUUUUUCCUGUAUAAGGUCUUCCUUCAAAAACUUUUUACCUUUUGUCAUUCAUCCUAUAGUCAAGAAGCAUGUCCUUAUCGUUUGCUCGGCAAGCCAUUUCAAAGAAACAGCAGCUUUCUUUGUCCAUAUGCCGUCAAUACCAAUGUCCUCGUACACAGCGAGCGGUGCUGUUGCUGUCGAAAGCUGCUUUGAAUCACACAAUUCAUCGAUGCAACAGUACAGCGGUGGCUACGCAAGUGUCUCAACCAUACCCAUACUAUACGGAACCUAUUAUUCUGCCCAACCCCGGAUUAGCAACCUUUAGAGAAACAGCCAGAGUAUUACCUUCUACCAUAGCUGAACAGUAUUCGAUUUUGAAGGCCUGUUUGAUGACAGGAAACAUGCAACGAGCAGAGCGUAUCAUGAUUGAAUUAUUUCGAACGAGACCCGAGGAAAUGAAAGUCUUUGCGGAUGUGAAUAUUUAUAAUGCUUUUUUAAACGGAUUUGUGGAGGCGCCUGUAAAACCCAUGACAAGGCAAUGUUUACUAUGGUUCGAUAACAUGCGGUCGUACGGUAUCAAUGCUGAUGCGAAUACCUUUGCCAUCAUUAUCAAAGGAUUCUUAAGAAUUGAAAGUUAUCAUACAGCAAGAACACUACUGGUUGAAAUGACAUCGAAGGAAGGGUUUUCGAUUGAUGACAUGCUGAACUCGCAAUACCUGAACAAUGAAGAUAUCCAACUCUUUAGAAAGAUGAUCUCAGCCAGCCAAGGCAAUACAGAGGUGGAAGUUGAAAAGCUACUCAACAAAUUGGAAUCUGCUACGGACAGCAUUCUCGGUAAAAGUGCAGAACCCUAUUUGAUGGACACGGCACCAACAAGCAAUAGCACGACGACCGCCUCCACAAUGACCCCUACGAAUACGAUUGUAGAAAAUAUACCCGAAGUGAAACCUACCAAAGCCAUUGGUGUUCAAUUCUUACAAGAACAAUUGGCAGCUUUACGUGAUCCAAAAGCUAUUGUGAAAAUGGAUCCUCAUGAACUUCAACUCGGUCUUGAACAGCAAGGCUAUGAAAUGGCUCUACAAAAACUCCUUCACACCAAAGAACAACAUUUAGAACGUGGUGAUACACUGAAUGCUUAUAAUCUUACGCCGUUGAAGCGUACCAUGUGGAAUUGGCAUGAACAAUUGGUACCGUUGAUUCAGGAGGAAAUUCAACGCUGUGACAAUGUAAAAGGUGCGAAAGAAUCGGAAAGAGCCGCUUAUGGACCCUUCUUAAAAUUAUUGCCAGCACAAACUUUAUCCAUUGUUACUAUAUUGGAAUUAUUACGUCUACACAAUACUUCGGGUAUAGGAGAUGGUAUGAAAACAGCGCGUGCAUUACUUGAAGUAGGAAAAGCGGUUGAAAUGGAAUACAAUGCAGUCCGAUUGAAAAAGUCCAAUGCUUUGAGAAAUGGCAGUUCUCUGAAAGGCGGCGAUAAGGUGUCCCAUGUGUUUACCAGCGAAAAAACAUUCAGUAUUGCCAUGUCGAAAUUACAGAAAAAGAACGAGGAAAGAGGUUUAACAGGAGCUGAGGAUUGGAACCCUGUUUGGCCGAGCACGAUUCGUGCCAAAGUGGGCAGUGUUUUGACAAGUUUACUGUUAGAAGCAGCAACGAUUCCUGUACCUAGUAAAGAUCCUGAAACGGGAAAGAAAAUUAUUGAAAACAUUCCAGCCUUCUUCCAUACUUAUCAGUACGUUCAUGGUAAAAGAGUGGGCAUUAUCAAAUUUUCUGAGCAAUUGACGCAAAUGCUUUCACGCGAGCCUGUCAAAGAUACCCUGCAUCCCCGUUUAUUGCCCAUGUUGGUGCACCCUCGUCCUUGGUUAACUUACAACAGUGGUGGCUACCUUUCGACACCUUCUCUUUGUAUGCGAAUCAAAGAUGCCAACGAGCAACUGAUUUAUCUGCAAAAAGCCUCUGAUAAAGAUCAUCUCAAAAAAGUAUUGGCCGGUCUCGAUGUACUGGGCUCCACCCGCUGGAGAGUGAACAAAAAUGUGUUUAAAGUCAUCUUGGAUGUGUGGAAUUCAGGUGAAGCGUUAGCUUGCAUUCCUCCAGCCUUCCAAGAGUAUACACCUUUACCUCCCAAGCCUCCCAACUACGAUACAGAUCCUAAAGCCAAGUUCGACUGGGUGACACUUGUGAAACAAAUACAAACCACGGAAAGGAACAACCACAGUCUUCGAUGUGAUGUGAAUUAUAAAGUAGAAACAGCGCGUGCUUUCUUAAACCUUCCUAUGUAUUUCCCCCACAACAUGGAUUUCCGUGGUCGUGCUUAUCCUAUGCCGCCUACCUUGAAUCAUCUCGGGAACGAUUUAUGUCGUGGUUUGCUCCACUUUGACGAAGCGAAACCGCUGGGUGCUCGUGGUUGGAGAUGGCUCAAGAUUCAUUUAGCCAACUUGACUGGUUUUGAUAAACAUUCGUUCACGGAAAGAGAGCAAUUCACAGUGGACAAUAUGGAGAACAUUCUUGAUUCCGUGGAUAAUCCUCUGGGAGGCAAGCGAUGGUGGUUGAAGGCAGAAAACCCUUGGCAAUGUCUUGCUGCUUGUUAUGAAGUAGCUGCUGCCUAUCGCAGUGGUCACCCUGAAGAGUUCAAAUCUCAACUGCCUGUUCACCAAGACGGUACCUGCAAUGGUCUUCAACAUUACGCUGCUCUGGGUGGUGAUUUAGCCGGUGCCCGUGCUGUCAAUUUGGCCGCCGGUGACCGUCCUGCCGAUGUGUAUACGGGCGUGGCCGAUAUGGUCAACAAACAAAUCGAUGAACGUGCUGCUCAGGGUGAUGAGCUCGCCCAAUUGCUUCAAGGCAACAUCAGUCGUAAAGUGGUCAAGCAAACGGUCAUGACCAACGUGUAUGGUGUAACAUUCGUGGGAGCUCGUGCUCAGUUGGAAAACCGAUUAAAGGAAAAUCCCAACAUUCCCCGUGAUAAAAUCUAUCUCCUCUCGGGUUAUCUGGCUAAAGCCGUUUUCUCUUCCCUGGGCGAAAUGUUCUCAGGUGCCCAUCGUAUACAAGAUUGGCUGACGAAUUCAGCGAGACGUAUUGCGCGAAGUGUGCCUUUAGAAACCCUCCAAUUUGCUGGUGUCGUCCCUGGUGGUGAGCAUCUCCAAAAGGCCGAAGGGUCCGAGACGAAGGCAAAGGUUCGACAUUCUCGAAAGAAAAAAGCCAAGGAAUUCUCAGCUCGUAAUCCUACCUGCAACCAAAUGUCCUCCGUCAUCUGGACCACGCCUCUUGGUCUGCCUAUCGUUCAGCCUUAUCGUCGCUCGGGCAAAAAACAAGUGUCUACGUUGCUACAAACUGUUUUCAUUGAAGAUCCGGAUGCUUCCCGACCUGUCAAUGCGAUGAAGCAAAGCUCAGCCUUCCCUCCCAACUUUAUCCACUCUUUAGAUGCCACGCAUAUGCUCAUGUCUGCUGUCGCUUGUCAUAAAAAGGGUAUGACAUUUGCUUCCGUUCACGACAGUUAUUGGACGCAUGCCUGCGAUGUCGAUGAAAUGAACAAGGUGAUUCGAGAUCAGUUUAUCGAGCUUCAUUCCCAGCCCAUCAUGGAGAAUUUGAUGAGCGAGUUUAAAGAACGUUACAAGAAUUAUCGUGUACCAAAAACGGUUUUGAUUGAAGAGGAAGAAGCACGAAAGAACAAGAAGAACACACCUUCUUCUAUCUUAUUUGCUGACGACAGCUCUCAAUUAGAUGACAUGUUGGAAAGCGAAAAGAAACAAAAGGAGCAAGAAAAGAAGGACGCAUUGAAUGCUAUCUUUGGGUUGGAAGAAGAUGAUGAUACCACAGGCGAAGAUUUCGAGGGCGAUGACGAGGUAGAGAAUGAAGAAGAAGUAGAAGAAGAAGAAGAAGCGCCAAAGAAAAAGGCAAAGAAGGGACGUGGAAACGCCAAAUUCAAGUAUUCUUGGGAGCCAUUAACCUUCCCACCAUUACCAGAACGUGGUGAUUUCGACAUCAAUGAAGUAAAGUCAUCGCCUUACUUCUUCCAUUAGACACCAUUUUUUACUUUCUUUAUCAUCUUUUUUUUUUUUUUGUACAGCUCGCACGUGUAUACAUAGAACUUAUUUAUAUUAUUUUCUUUUUUUCUUGUUUCUUUUUGUUUCCUUUAACUGUAUAUCCCCCCACCAUCCCUUUUCAAACAUCCUCUUU